AUGUUUGGCACGGGAGUGUAAGCUAUGAGCUCGACGGUAAUAUAUCAUUGGCAAACAGUAUCGACACGUGUUUAAACAAAACAUUAAUUUAAUAAUAAUUUUAAUACAAUUUAUGAACACAAAGUACUUCAGUUAAAUUUUUUUUAAAUGAAUAGUGCUAUUGUGACACAGUUUUUAGACGCUACGAUAAUGCAUUCGCAAACGUUGAUUUCAAUACUAUUUUGGGUUGCUGUAUUUGGUUUUACAGGCAUUGUAUCGGAAGAUUUACAAAAAUCGGAACUAGCUUAUAAAUUAAACACGUUGGUUCGUCAUACGGGAUGGCGGUUCAUGGAAGACGUUAAAAUCAUUAAAACUAUAAAUGAAUGCAGAACAAUCACGGAUCCGAUGUCCGAAAUACUCGGAGCUAUAUGGUCGAACCGGAAUCCGGUCGACGAAUCCAACGUCCUGGACAGAUACACGGAGGUCUGGACUGUGCUCCGGUGUAAGUACGCGGAGGUUAUUAUAAAGUACAAGAUAUUCUUACUACAUUUAAUACGGGUUUGCCGAAAUGAAAAAAAAAAAUUAAAUAAUGAAACGACCGCGUAUUCAUUUCAAAAAUAUUACCAUUGUUUUGAUUCGGUGCUGACCAAACUCCAAAACGUGUCGCCGAGCCUCAGAAACCUGGCAGACGCGUUGGACCUGAUUAACUCGCUAGAUCCGCCAACGAAACCUAGGCAAAGCAUAAAUGUUGCUUACGAUAAAUUAGCUAAGUUUACUAAAACUUUCCCGCCAAAUACGGUGUCAAAAUUGACCCAACAAGGUAUCGACGAGGAUUCAGUUGAUCUGGAAAUGAAAACUAUAAGCGAAUAUAUAAGAGAUGUAUUUAACAAAAAUAUAACUUCGUUUGUCGCCCGUUUUUGUGUCAUGCCGUUACACAAAGAAUGGACAGCAGAGAAUAUAAUCAGAGAUUAUGAGUACAAAAAGAUAAUCCAGAGGUUACCGCAGGAGGCGACUUUAUUGGAAUAUAUAAUGAACGAAGUCGAUUGGUACGCUGGUGACAUCUUUGGCAGUUGGUUUAUCAAUUUGGGCUUUGCAUUAGACGACACGGGAAAUGUCACGAUCAGGAAUAACUAAAAUAUAAUUAGCACCGAAUUAAUUUUUUACAGUGUAAAUUAAUCAACAUAACAUUGUAUUCGUUCCAUCUUAAGUGAAUAUUUUUGUUUAAAACCAUUAUUUAUAACAACUAGAUACCAAGCAAAAUGUCUCAGCGUGGCAUUUACAAUCUUAUACAUGUACACGUAAAUUAUAUAAUUUAAGUAAACACAUAAAACACUAAGAAAAAUUGCUGUUACAGAAUUUUGGGAAAUAUUUUAAUUAAUUAUUAGCACCGAAGUAACGAUUUACAGCGUAAA